CUAUUUUCCAAGAAUAUAAGGAGGCAAAGACUAAAAAGCACGAGUUUUGGUUCUCCUUUGCACUUUCCAGUGCAGUGCCAUUUUUCUAGUCUUCUUCCGAGGUAAGCAAAGGGCAAAAAUGGGAAUCUGGGAUUUCAUAAGCUCCGGCACAGAAACAGUGAAACGGAACACACCGGAUCUAGCAACUCCGGUGACGAAGGUAUGUGAAAGAUCCUAUUAUUACAGUGCGGCCACCGUCAGAAAGAUCGACGACGAACUACAGAAGCUGGGUCAGUACAUUUACAUGCCUGAUGAAGAAGGCAGGGCUAAAAUCGUCAAUUUCAGUACAAAAUUCGUCAAAAAUGCUUCCUUUUAUGCGGUUAAAGAAGCAGCCAACAUCUUCAUCCCUGGUGGAAGAGCAGUCUCCCAAAUUUACUCUCAAACAGUUCGCGAAAUGGAAAUCGAGUCUAAAAAGAAUCAAAACAUGUGGCGUGACAAGGAAAUAACUGGCAUUUCGAGUAAGGAUACCAGUAGUACUGGUUCUCUGGGAUUGCUCGAUGGGGCAGAGAUUCUGGAAAAAAGAGAACCACAGUUAGUUUCUGAAAAUAAAGUUGAGGCUGAUUCAUUUACACAUCAAACACCUGAAGAUGUCCUACGAGUCUUCAUGAUGAAGGAAUUUAUUGGCACUCGUUAUCUGGACGAUUUACUGGUUCCUGAUCAUCAACAACAGAAGAAAGCAUAAUUGAUUCUAGUAUGUAUAUUGACAUCUCAUAUAUAUUUAAUGUUUGUGUUACUGGAUUGUUCCUAGUGUAUGUUUGUAUGUAGAUAUCUAACUUCUAAGUUACCUCUUUGUUGUGCUUCCUUUGAAGCAAAAUUUAUAUAGUUAUAGUCUAUGCAACAACAAUUUGGACUGCAGAAUCACGAGUUUGAAUAUCUGUUAAAUGACUCUACGAUUGUAUUCACAAUUUGAAUCAGAGAAUCAUGACGAGUUUAAUUGCA